CUACUCACAUCUUCGUAUUCAUCAUGCCCCAACCUAAGCCCGUUUCGAUCUUGUUAUUGGGCUCAGGAUGGACGUCAAAAUUUCUCAUUCCAGAAUUACGAUCCAUUAAUAUCUCAUUUGCUAGAACGAGGAGAAGUGUCUCUCAAGAGAGUGGUAAUGAUGGAGCAGAGGUGUUUCCAUUCUCGCUAGAUGAUUCAGUCACCGCUCAAGCAUGCCAGCAUUUACCUGCUGCUCAAAUGGUGGUGACAAUCUUUCCACUCAAGACUAAUCUUGUACAGCAACUGGUCAGCUCAUACGAACAAGCAACUUCUUCUUCACCCGCAUGGCUAGCAUUAGGAUCUACAGGUGCAUGGCAAAAGCCAGGGGUGUCGAAUUCUGAUUCGCCAUUCAACGCAGACAAUGAGCGUGUGCAGGCUGAAGAGAUCCUGUUGGGCUUGCAUUCUCAGCAGAAGGAAGCAGGAAGAAGAACAGCAGUGCUCAAUCUAGCUGGCUUGUAUGGUGAUGAACGUAAUCCGGCAAAUUUUGCAAAAAGGGCUGCUGAUACCAAGGAGAAGCUAAAGGGAAAGACCAGCUUGCAUCUUGUACAUGGAAGAGAUGUUGCUAGAGCAAUUUUGGCAAUGUACAACACAUUGCAAGAUGAAGAGCAUGUCAAACAGAUGUGGGGUAGGAGAUGGAUUGUGACAGAUACCCACGUGUACGACUGGUGGCAGCUUUUGCAAAUCCUGAAGCCAACACCAAUCCCGAACGGACAACAAUGGGUUGAAGAAUUGAUGAAUGAGAACAAUGUCGAAUCCUUACCUCGUCCAUGGCCAAAAGAUGAUAAGCCAGAUGUGCCUCGAGAGUUGGAGAGGGCAUUGGAUAGUCGCUCAUUCUGGCAAACUCUGAAAAUACAGCCAAGCUUAGGUCGAUGUGAUGAUUACGGACCAGGCGGCGGUGGAGCAACGUUGAUCGCCGCUUCUACAGCAACGAAUAAAGGCGCUCUUUGAUGCUUACUGAUGCGAAUUGAAAAGAUGCAAUUGUACCAUAUACUUCAUGUAGAAUGCUAAUGCUAUCACACACAUUCAUAAAACAG